AUGGCUUCGAUGAAUUACUGUUUAACUGUAUGUCAUGCAGUUAAAGAAGAACAUAAACAAAACACUCAACAAAAUGCAUCAUCAUCACCAGUUAAUAUUCCGAAGUCAACUUCGCAUAAUAGUGGUACUACAUUUUUUGGAAAUAUUUUUUCAUUUGGCUCAAUAUCAGCUGCAUCAUCAUCAAUACUUAAUACUUCAUUGACUUCAACAUCCUUGAAUUUUACUGAUAUUGAUGAAAGUCCAUACUAA